GGCCAGCUGCCUAAAAGCCAUCUGCAACUGGAGAUUUCAGAGAGUGAGCUUCAGAACUGUCCAACUGCUCUUCUUCAAUGCCCUGAUCUCUGAUCUAAUGAACCAGAAGGGAGUGGCAGCAUGGACCUAUAAUUAUAGCACCUCCGCUUACUCAUGGAAUACUUCGCGAGUAUUCUGCCAGAGGUACUUCACAGACUUAGUGGCCAUCCAGAAUAAAAAGGAGAUUGCCUACCUCAAUGACGUCAUACCUUACUACAGCUCUUAUUACUGGAUUGGGAUGCGAAAGAUCAACAAUAAGUGGACCUGGGUGGGAACCAAAAAGACCCUAACCCAGGAGGCUGAGAACUGGGCUAAGAAUGAGCCCAAUAACGAAAGCAACAACCAGGACUGUGUGGAGAUGUACAUCAAGAGUCCCUUAGCUCCUGGCAAGUGGAAUGAUGAGCCUUGUGUGAAAAGAAAGCGGGCUCUGUGCUAUACAGCCUCUUGCCAGAGCACAUCCUGCAGCAAGCAGGGAGAGUGCACUGAGACCAUCGGGAACUAUACCUGCUCCUGCUACUCUGGAUUCUAUGGACCAAGAUGUGAAUAUGUCAAAGAGUGUGGAGAAUUUAAACUCCCUCAAUAUGUGCUCACAAACUGCAGUCACCCUCUGGGAAAUUUCUCCUUCAACUCUCAGUGCAGCUUCCACUGUGCUGAAGGGUACACACUAAAUGGACCCAGUGAGCUGGAAUGUUUGGCUUCUGGAAAUUGGACUCAUCCGCCCCCGCAGUGUGUAGCUGUUCAGUGCCCAGCCCUGAAGUCUCCUGAGAAAGGGAACAUGGCCUGUCUCCACUCUGAAAAAGCAUUCCAGUACCAGUCCAGCUGCAACUUCAGUUGUGAAGAGGGAUAUGCAUUAGUUGGGCCAGAGGUGGUGCAGUGCACAGCCUCGGGGAUGUGGACGGCCCCAGUUCCAGUGUGUAAAGCCAUUACCUGUGAGCCUCUGGAGAGUCCUGUCCGGGGAAGCAUGGAUUGCUUCCCGUCUUCGAGAGCAUUUCAGUACAACACGAGCUGUAGCUUUCGCUGUGCUAAGGGUUUCACGCUGAGAGGAGCUGACACAGUUCGAUGUUCUAACUUGGGACAGUGGACAGCACCAGCUCCAGUCUGUCAAGCAUUGCAGUGCCAGGAUCUCCCAGCCCCAGAAAAGGCCCAGGUGAACUGCUCCCAUCCCUUUGGUGCCUUUAGGUACCAGUCAACCUGCAGCUUCACCUGUGAUGAAGGCUCGUCCCUGGUGGGAGCAAGUGUGCUGCAAUGCUUGGAGACGGGGAACUGGAGUGCUCCUGCUCCAGAAUGCCAAGGUAUCAGCAUAGUAUCAGCUCCUCCUCCAGAGGUGCGGUGCCCAGCCCUCAUCACUCCAGAGCAGGGAACAAUGCACUGUCAACAUCAUCUGGGAACCUUCGGCUUGAAUACGACUUGCUACUUCAGAUGCAAAACUGGAUUCACAAUCAUGGGAAACAAUGCUUUGAGAUGCAGAUCUUCUGGACAAUGGACAGCAGUAGCUCCAGUAUGCAGAGCUGUCAAAUGCUAUGAGCUACACAUUACUGGGCCAAUAGUGAUGAACUGCUCCAACCCUUGGGGAAGUUUCAGCUAUGGAUCAACCUGCAGCUUCCACUGUCCAGAGGGUCAAUUACUUAAUGGCUCAGAGUUAACAGUGUGCAAAGAGAAUGGAGAGUGGUCAACUACGAUGCCAACCUGCCUAGCAGGGCCAUUGACUAUCCAGGAAGCCCUGACUUAUUUUGGUGGAGCAGUGGCUUCUACAACAGGUUUAGUGAUGGGUGGGACACUCCUGGCUCUGUUAAGGAAGCGCCGCAGACAAAAAGAUGAUGGGAAAAGCCCCUUGAGCCCUCAAAGCCACCUAGGAACAUAUGGAGUUUUUACAAAUGCUGCCUUUGAUCCGAAUCCUUAAGAAAAUGUCCUUCUCUUGGUCCCCUCACUCAACAUCGACAGGAUCCUAUUUUUGAACAUCAGCCCUCCCGAUAGACUUGACCAUAACUGUAGCAUAUCUACUGCAGUUUUCUGUAAAUACUUGUGAAUAAAGGACAUGGAAUUUCCUUUAGAUAAGCUCUAGACCAGAGCAGAAGAAUUGUACCACAAGCCCCAACUCUACCCACUGCCCCUUCCUGCACCAUUUCCUCUUCCUCCAACCCAAGACUCAGGAACUGGGACUGCAUGUUUCUGAAGUGGUCUGUGGGCUUUGCCCCAGCUGUCACUUGAGAUACUAAUUAGCUACAGCCUGGAGCAUCUGACUCACCAGAAGGCCAGACUGUGGAAAAAUAAAAAGGUCUCUUUAUUUUUGGAUUGGAGGAAGUCAUCCUCUACUUUUUUGGAAAGCAGGCAGCAUCUCUGAUGAGAGGGAACUUCUGUAGGACCUCCUGGGAUCUUCAGUGCUUGCCUUUUAUGAAGCCUUUUAGACCUCUGCUGAGAGGUUGCAGAGAAGCCUCUGGAUGGCACCAGAGGCCGCAGAAGACUGAGAAUUAGGACCGGAAGGUACAUGUCACUGUAGACUUUCCCUCUACUGUCACUCUCCCCGCCAAAAGACCCAAAGACCCAAAGACCAAUAUGUGAAUGUUUAAUUAAAAGGAUUUCCCCAAAUGCCA